AUGAAAAAUACACGGGCAAAUAACAACAAUAGAUUAUCAAAUUCACCUAUUGCUCCCAGUUUCCAAUCUCAAGCUACGACUCCAAGCACUCCCAAUAGUAUUACGAACUUAGGGAUGGCUACAAGUAAUAGUGAUGAUGGUAUUGGUGGUCAAAGAGCAUCAGUUUUAAACUCUCCUGCUGCUCAAAAAGGACGGGUUAUUUCUCUCGUAAAUCGAUCGACACCAACAAAUAAACAACUCGUUCUUCCUUCGCGUUCUCAAAAGUUUACAAUCAAACCGCAUAAUCCAGAGAAACUAAAUGGAAUUUUUUCGUCAUCACCAAAAAAUACUCGAGAAAUGGAUUCAACGUCAGAUAAAGGAUCUCCUUUUUCAUCGAGCGGCACUGCCAGAUCUCAGACACCAUCGUCAGAUAUCCAACAAUCUCUUCAACAUGACAAGUGUUUACAUUGCUACAGUAAUAAUUAUAUUUCUCAAGAUGAUAGAGAGGACGUCGUGUCGCUUUGCUGGUGUACUGAUGACGAAGAAAUGAUGGAGCAGCAAGAAAUAUCAAAAACCGAUUGCUCUUCAGUACAAAAAGAAAUUAACAUGACCGGCUUACAAGAUUUAGGUUCAAAAAGAGAUAUUUUUUCAUCGAGAGAAGUUUCCAUUGAUUCUAAUAAAACUCGAGAGGUUACUGGACAAGCACCAGUCAGCCACAUUGAACUAAAUAGAAAGCGGAAGUCCGAAGGAAAAGUAGCAUUAUCACUCGAGAAGUCGAGCUCACCUAUUGAAAACACAGUCAAUAAUGUUAAAAUACCACAAAAACAUCAAUAUACCUCGAUAGUGAAAAAAUCUGUCGAAUUUAUUACCAAAGAAGAUGAGAGUCUUCAAAGUAAUCCAGACGAUAUGAAUUUGGAUUCGAAUAAUGGAAACAUUGCCAACCCCAGAUCACCUUCCAUAACAAAUAGGCGUGAGUCAGUAGAGUCACCAAUUUUUGCAGCAAGAAAUACAAUGGUUCCGCCUUAUAAUUCUCAAAUUGAGGUUAAUCAGAAUUCCAACACAGUAUCAUUCGACGAAGAUCAGCCACUAAUUGAAACUCAUCAACGUCGAGCCGCCAGUUUAUUUAAACAUAAAAAAGAAUCAACACCAGAUAAAAAGGUGGCUAAACGACGCGAAACACCUUCCAUAGUAAAUAAUGCAAAGCCAACUAAGAGGUCCGACUUAAAUGACUUGAUAAAUGAAGUGCGGGCAAAAAGCGGUAAAACACUCAAACUUCCAGAUGGGCGUACCGCAGAAAAUCUCAUCGAAGAUUUUAUCGCAGAAAAUGCACAAAUUGUAGCAACAAUUAAAGACAAUCGAAAUAAAGUGCCUCCAAAUGCAUCUACACACAAUACAUCAAAACGUCGUGGACGACCACCGGGCACAAAAAAUUGCGAAAAAAAAGAGAUCACGAAAGACAAGCCGAUUAACAAAAAAUACACGACACCUUCAGCGGGAAGAAAACAAAAAAUUCAAUGUCAAUCCGCAACAGUGGAUGUAACUGAAAAUGAAUCUUUUACAAUUGGUAGAAGAGGAACGAAUGCAAUUGAACAAAUUCCAUCUCCGAAUAAAAACCAAAUAAUCAGGCAUCCGCAAGUCGGAGGAAAAAGUUUGCCGCCACCUCCUGUCUUUAAUGAAGAAACGGACGAUAGUUCAACAGAUGAAUCCCAGUAUUCGACCGAGGAAGAGGACGAAAAGGAUGAAAUUGAAGAGAAUUCUAGAGAAACUUCACAAAAGGAAGGAAAUAAUGAAUUUUUUGAAGAAGCAAUUCAAGUCGUCGAGAACAACGAGUUAUCAAUGGUUGAGUGCAUUGAAAUUUCAAGUGACGAGGAAAAAGAGGCAGAAGCAAUGACCAUGACAGCUUACGAAGUAAAUAAUUGGUAUAAUGCAAAUACAGAAUUAAUUGAAAUUGAUAACAAGGAUCAAACACAUGCUGGAAUACCCAAGCUUUCUGCAUUGGCGACUACACUGGCCGCUUUGUUGGGCGUCAAUAUGACUAUAGAUCAUACCACCACACCAGAAAAUAGCCAAAAUCAACCAGCGAUUAUUGAUGAUGAAGUGGCAAUGGUUAUAGAUGAAGCAUCGGUUGCUAAUAUUAACCCGAACCAGAACGAUCAAUUUUCGGCUUUUAGUAUCCAGAAUUCGUCAUUAAGAUUUGGCGACAUUUUGAAUAUUGAUAAAGAAAAUAAUAAUUUUCUUCCACAGAACCCAUCAAUUAAUCAUUUUAUUUGGGAUCAGAGCCAAAAGAACAGUUUGCAUUUUCCGGCACAGCAGCCUGUUGUGCAACAGUCUAGCAAUUUGGAUCAGUAUUUCACGAAUGAUUUUAAAAGUGAUAACACUCCUUUUGUUGCGGACGAUAAUCAACAGAUGAGAGGAAUCGAUUUUAGAUUUUACGAAUCAAAUAAUAAUUUUAAGCAAUAA